AUGACUGUUGAUAUCCCGAAGGUGGUUCCUCUAACCUGCCAUGGACAUUCUCGUCCCGUGACACAUCUGACCUUUUCCUCGACUGUCGAAGAGGAACAAUACUACAUUAUCUCUGCUUGCAAAGAUAACAACCCUAUGCUUCGAGAUGGUAUCACCGGUGAUUGGAUUGGUACAUUUCUAGGCCACAAAGGCGCAGUAUGGCAAGCUCGUCUAUCAGCCGAUGCAGCAAUUUCAGCCACUGCGGCAGCCGAUUUUUCAGCAAAGGUUUGGGAUACAUACACAGGCGAAUGUUUGCACACUCUACAACACGCCCACAUCGUGCGAGCCAUCGCAUUCCCCAUGCAAGCAAACCCACAAGUUCUUGCUACCGGUGGCGCAGAGAAGAAGCUCCGAAUCUUCGACUUGACCCGGGGAGCUGGUGGCGGGGGCAGCAAUGACUCGACACCACCGCUCCCCGCGCCAAUCAGCGGUGGAGAGGGCGGCUCGGAGGUCACAAGCUAUGAGAUCGGACCGGGUGUGCACGGUGGUACCAUCAAGUCUAUUGUUUGGAAUCAGGACUACAACAUUGUCACGACAGCUGCGGAGGACCGGAAAAUUCGCUGGUGGGAUCUGCGCUCGCGCCACCCCAUAUUCGAAUUCGGUGUUGAUGGCACUAUUGGCUCUUGCGAACUCAAUAGUCUCGCCUCCCGGCCUAACGAUGGUGGUAUCUUGACCGUCGCGGCUGGUAAGAGUGUAUACCUCUUUGAUGGGGUGACACCGGGUCGCUUGUUGAAAAAGACCGAUUACAACUACGACGUUGCCAGUGCGGCUGUUAACAGCGAAUCUGGCCGUCUAGUUACUGGUAGCGCAAAUGAUACAUGGGCGCGCGUCUAUGAUCUUCACACAGACGAGGAGUUGGAAGUGCAAAAGGGCCACCAUGGUCCCAUCUGGUCCGUCAGCUUCUCUCCUGAUGGUAAGCUCUACGCUACUGGCAGCGAAGAUGGCACCAUUAAGUUGUGGAAGGCAUGCCGAGAGCCGUACGGUCUUUGGCGGUAA